UUUCAGACCUCAGAUAAGAAUUGGAAUCCAUGUUUACAUGAUGAAACUGCCAAGUUGUUCUACAAGCUUGUACGACUGGAUAACCUUUUUGCUUACUGGAAUGUGAAAUCAGAGAUGUUCUACCAUGGUGGUUGUGAAGAAUCGUUGGUUAACUUAAAACAGGGAGUUGCCAGCCAUAAUGUGGUUCCAGAAGGUUAUGAUUUUGUAUUCCGCCCAAUUUCGGCUAAAGCCAAACUGCUUAUGAAUCCUCGAUCUGAUGUUGACUUUUCAUCUCCAAAGAUGGAUUUAGAUGUAAAUUUACAGGAUAUAACUGUUGAAUUCAAUAAGCCACAGUACUUCAGUGUUAUGGAGCUUCUUGAGUCUAUUGAUAUGAUGACUCGGAAUCUGCCAUAUAGGAAGUACAGACCUGAUAUUCCAUUGCACAACAAUGCCAAGACAUGGUGGAAAUAUGUUAUUUAUGGCAUCCUUGAAGUAAAUGUUCAACCUAAGCUCCAGAUGUGGUCAUGGGAACAUAUUCGACACCAUAGGAAACAAGUGAAGAACUAUAAAGAGAUGUAUAAAACAAAGAUAACGUCAAAAAAACCUAAUGAAGAAAUCCUAAAAUUGUUGGAGGAAUUCGAAAAGACAUUGGAUGUUUUUAACAUCACUCUAGCAAGGCAACAAGCAGAAGUUGAGGCAACUAAGGCUGGAUUAAAAGUCUACAGACCAGGAGUAAAACAAGAUGAUGAAAAUUCUGGUGGCUGGUUUAGUUGGAUAUGGAGCUGGUCAGGUGAAAAGAAGGAUGAGCAAAAACAAGAAGUAAAGGGUUCAAGUCUUGAACAGCUGAUGACACGUGAAGAGAAGGCUAAACUUUAUGCAGCAAUUGGAUAUAGUGAAACAGCUGUGGAUCCAACCCUUCCAAAAUCAUAUGAAGCCAUGAAGUUCUCUGUGAAGUUAUUAAGCAUGUCUAUAUCAAUAAGAGAAAACAAGCAAACUCCUGAGCUGGUAGAAUUUGCGUUAACUGGCUUGAGUACAGUAUUUACCCAACGACCAGGUGCACAAGCAAUAAGAUUUGAAACAAAAAUUACCUCACUUGAAGUUACAGGCAUGUCCCGAGAGAAGUGUACACCCUGUCUCCUAUCUUCUCGAACGGUCUAUUCAGACAAGAGCACCUCACUCUUAACCAUAAUGUUUGAGACUAAUCCUUUGGAUGAGAAAGCAGAUCAGAGGCUUAGAAUAGAAUCACAGCCAUUGGAAAUAGUAUAUGAUGCAAUGACAAUAAAUAGCUUAGUGAAUUUCUUUAGGCCUCCAAAAGAUGUACAUUUAGAGCAAUUGACAUCAGCAACUCUGACGAAGCUUGAAGAGUUCCGUGAAAAAACAUCAACAGGUUUGUUAUAUGUUAUUGAAACCCAGAAAGUUCUUGACCUCAAAAUUAACUUCAUGGCUUCAUACAUCAUUGUUCCACAAAAAGGAUUCUAUGACCGUACAUCAAAUUUACUACUUCUGGAUCUUGGUAGUCUUAAAAUGAAAAGCAAAAGUCGUUCUGAUUUAACAGAACUCAAAGUAGGACAAAGCACUAUUGAAGAUAUAAUGUCAAGAGCUUAUGACAGUUUUGAUAUCCAGCUCAGCAGUAUUCAAUUACUGUACAGCAAACACGAUGAGAACUGGCAAGAGGCUCGGAAGCUGAAAUAUUCAUCUCAACAUAUCUUGCAGCCCUUGGAUGUAAAAGUGGAAUUUAGCAGGGCUAUGGUUGUUACAGAUGCAAGAAUGCCCAAGUUCAAACUGUCUGGACAGCUGCCUUUACUUUCUAUCCAAAUAUCGGAUCAGAAGCUGACAAGUGUCUUAGAGCUAGUUGAUGGCAUUCCUAAGCCAGAAAGUGCUCCUGCUACCAGUUCUCCUCCAAAAAUAACUGAG